CCUCCCCGGCAGCCCUGGGCGGUUCCAGGCCCCGGCCCCGGCGCCGGCGCCGCGCCACUCGCUGGGUGCGCUGGAGCGGCCGAUCGCCGCGCCGCGGUGCCGCCGGAGUCGGGCCCAGGCCGCCCCGGGCCCGCUGCCGCCCCCCCGGCCCCGCAGCCCCACCCCGCGGGGCCGUCGCCCGCGGCGCGGCCCGGGGCCCUGGCUCUCCGGGCCGCUGCCGCAGCUCCGGGCCGCACAAUGCGCCACCCCGCCCGACUGGGUUGCCCCGGGCAACCGCGGCCAGCGUGGCGGCGGCGGCCUCCGCGGGGGCGGCGAGGCGGCCCCCAGGCCCGCCCGACCUGCCCAGGGGAACGCCGCCGCCGCCAGACCCCCCGCGCCCCGGACCCACGGGCCAGGGUAGGGGACAAGGUGUGUCCUUGACAGAAAUCUUCGUGGCUCCUUGUCGACCAAAAUCAGCCAAGUGCGAAAGCUGCAGCUGCGCCCAAAGAGGAAAAAGAGCCAAGAAAGGCAGAAAUGAUGAAUUAUUAAUUACAGCCAGAAUGGAUCAGAAUUAUGUUGAAAAGCGACUUUCAUCAGUUUCACCUGAUGAAGAAAGAAGAGAAGAAAAUAAAGUAAACCAAGAAAUUUCUCGAGAAUCAACUCCUUCCCCAAAAUUGGACAGAUUCAAACUAGCAAGACACUUAACUGAAAAAGCAAUCAAGGACAAGAAGAUAUUUUCCAUCUAUGGACAUUACCCGGUAAUCCGCAAUACUCUACGAAGAAAGGGAUGGGUGGAGAAGAAAUUCAACUUUUUAUCAAAGAUGGUGCCAAAUGGUGAAGAUGAAUGUGAAGAAAACAAAUAUAUUGAAAUUGAAGAAGAGAAUGAGAUGAUCUUUCAGAAGUCAAAUAACAUCCACGAUGUGAUGUCUAGGUUGGUAAAAACAGAAAUUCCUUACUUUCUUUGGACUAUAAAGAGGGAUGUGGUUGAUUACCACAAUUUAAGUUGUGAUCAGAUGUUGAAUCACUAUGGAAAAACAGCUUCCUUUACCACCAAGAUUGGCUUGUGCAUGAACAUGCGGAAUCUGCCCUGGUAUGUCCCAGCUAACCCUCACUCCUUCUUCCCGCGUUGUUAUGGUCUCUGCUCUGAUGGUGAGAAACAGGAGUUUGUAGAUGACUUCAGGCGGACAGUUGCAUCUAGUAUCCUGAAGUGGGUUGUCAGUCACCACAAUUAUAGCAAGAGCAAAUCCAGGGCCAAAAAAGAAGAGGAUGAAGAGAUAAGCCGAAAUAAAGAUCAGGCUAAUGCUGAUGAAAAGAAGCUCAUAGACCUCCCAGGGGAACUCAUAGAGGUGGCUUGCAAGGUGUGUGAGAACUACCUUGGACAGUUGGAACAUGAUGAUAUUGACAUCUCGGCGGAGUCCCUGAAAACCCUCAGUGAGGCUGAAUGGAAGGAGCUGAUCCAGCAGUAUUACAACCUCAUCCAUGGUGAUGCUUAUAUUCCCAGUUCAAAGAGUUACUUUUCUCAGUGUCAGAGUAUUCUGAAUAAAAUCACAUCAGUGAACCCCCAGUCUGAAAUCGAUGGCAUGAGAAACAUCUGGAUCUUAAAGCCAGGUGCCAAAUCUCGAGGCAGAGACAUCAUAUGUAUGGACAGAGUGGAAGAAAUUAUGAAGCUUGUGACCUCGGAUAACAUUCCUUCCAAAGAUAAUAAGUGGGUGGUCCAAAAGUACAUUGAGACGCCCCUGCUGAUUUAUGACACCAAGUUUGAUAUCCGACAGUGGUUCCUUGUCACGGAUUGGAAUCCCCUGACCAUUUGGUUCUACAAAGAAAGUUAUUUGAGGUUCUCAACUCAGCGGUUUUCCUUAGACAGUUUGGACAGUGCCAUUCAUCUCUGUAAUAACUCCAUCCAGAAGCACUUUAAGAACGCCAAGGACCGGAGCCCGCUGCUCCCCUGCUACAACAUGUGGACGAGCACCGAGUUCCGGGAGUACUUGCAGAAGCGGGGCCGCGGCAGUGUCUGGCACAACAUCAUCUACCCAUCCAUGAAGAAGGCCAUCACCCACACCAUGAAGGUGGCCCAGGACCACGUGGAGGCCCGCAAAAACAGCUUCGAGCUCUACGGAGCCGACUUCAUUCUUGGCAAGGAUUUCAAGCCGUGGCUCAUAGAGAUUAACUCCAGCCCCACUAUGUUCCCAUCCACGCCCGUCACGGCACAGCUCUGUGCCCAAGUGCAAGAGGACACCAUCAAGGUUGUCGUUGACAGAAAAACUGACCGCAACUGCGAUAUUGGCAACUUUGAACUCCUGUGGAGACAACCUGCUGUGGAGCUUCCCCCGUUCAGCGGCUCCAACCUCUUCGUGGAAGGCUUCAGCAUUCAGAAAGGAAGGAGACACGUGACCCCCAUUGCCAACAUCAGCCUUGGGAGCCCCCUGCCGGCCGGGCACAUGCUGCGCGGCAGAUGCUUCAGCUCCCAGCAGGAGCCGCUACCUGAGCAGACAUCUCCCAAGCAGGAUGUGAAAUCCAGAGAAGACAAGGGACCUCCCUGUAUCUUGCCGAUGCCUUUGAAGAGAGGGUCGGGGAGAACAUACAAGAUAAACUCGGUCUACACAAAGGCCCUCAGCAAUAUGGAAUUUCCCUCUUUCGCGAUUCGGCACCUAGAAAACAUUUCCCAUAAAGCUGUGUUUCCCAGAGCCAAGACGACAAAGCUUGCAGACCCAAACAUAUUAAGUACAGCUUCCAUUGCCUCUGUGCUGCAGAGCAUCCGGUCCCUGGAGAACCCUGUGUUCCAGCCACCCAAAGGCUCAGGUUCUGAGCAUCACCAGCCCUUCCUGAAAUUGUCCCCCCAGCCCCUCAGGAUGCCAGCGACCUCACUGAGUGAGCACCCACGAAUGUGUCUGCCUGAAUCAGUCACCCACCAGUCUUCAGUGAUCAUGGAGGUAAAGCGCCUAAAGCCUGAGCUGGAGAAGCGACUUUCUGGGACUGGAGGCCAGCACACUCUCCAUUGGCCCAGAAGAGGGCGACGCUGAUUCGCAAACAGCCCCCGUAGGCCAGGG